AUGGCCGAGCCGGUAGGUCAGGACGCGCUCGCUGCCGGCUUGGCCGCUUACGGCGAGCAGGAGGAGCGGCUGAGAAAGCUCAUGCCCAUGGGCAUGCGAGAGAUAGUUGCAGCUCAUGCAUCUGCCAUGCAGGCAGCGUACGCAGCCUUUGAUAGUCAUUCACAAGGAGCAGAGCAGGGAGGUUUGCAGGAACAACGAGCUGCGCUGGAGGUAGCGCUUUGUCGAUGGAAAACGCCGACGGAUGGUGUGGAUCUUGCAUCAGUGGUGGAAGUGAGCGAGGGAGGAGUUCGUCUGGUGAAAGUAAACGAAGUGGUGGAUGGCAGGGCAGCUGAGUUGGUGAAAGAGAAUUGGCGAGCUCUUGUUGCAGUGUUUGAGAUGGCAUGGGAAGAGAGCUAUAAGCCCAUCCAAGACAAAGUGCAAGCAGGAAACAAGUACGCUAGCGUGGAUGACUUCGACAGCGAGCUUGAAGCAGCCAAGAAGAAGGCAGAGGAGCGAGUUCAGCCUUUCCAGGAUGAGUUUAAGCUCUUUCGCGGACUAGCAAGCCACCAGGAGCGCGUGCAACGGCUUCGCAGUAAGGUCCAGGAAAUCAGCUUUGAGCGGCGGCUUGCAGAGCAGCGGCAAACGAUCAAGCAGGAGCUCAUGGAAGUUGUGAGUGCAACCAAAGAUGCUCAGCGACGAGAGCUCAAGCUUGUGCUGGAUCGAGUAAGAAACAUGGAAGAGAGAAUGUCAGAGGUGAGCGCCAAGAUGGGUCAGAGUGACGAGAAUUUACAAGCUCUCGAAAAGAAGAUAGACAAGAAAUUUCGCGACUCUUCCCUGGCGACAUGUAUCACAAAAGAAAUGAAGAGCGCGCUUGAUGUCCAGAUUGCUGAGCAAGCGUCAGCCCUAGAGGCACUCCGAGCCAAGAUGCUUGAUGCUACCCUCAAUUCCAAAGAAGAAAUUGAUACAGUGCAAGCUAAGAUCACCGAAUUGCAUGACGCCAUCUCGCGGCUGACCGCUGACAAGGUGCAUGGAAGAUAUGCUUCGUCGUCACGACUCGAGAGUGACUCUCGUUACCUGCACAUUCUGUGGGCUGAUGUCUUCAAGGUGGCUGAGAAUUGCAAAGCGAUGUUUGGUAUCCUGGAAGAGCAGGCGGAAAGGCAAGGGCCACUUGCCGAGCUCAACCAGAAGAUAUCGCAAGUCGAGAGUGAGGUUGGUGGUAUUGCCACGAGGAUCGAGCAAGGACGCGACGAGAUACAAGCAUUGUUUGGCAUGAUUGCUGAACUACCACAGGGCCAGUCAAAGUCGAAGUUUCUUCCUGAGAGCGCAAAGAAAUUCCUCAAAGGCAAGAAAUCGGACCAAUAA